AUGGUCCACCUCAGCGCCAUCAGCCGAUCCGGCUCGGCCACGCCCUCCAGCCGUGAAGCCGCCGGCGCCCCCUCGCUCUCCGUGGAAAAGCCUCUGCACAAGAGCCUCUCGCAGGUCAAGCUGUCCAGCUACGCCGACGAGUUCACCACCAGCGUCUACGGCUCGCAGUUUGCCGGCCAGGACCUGCCCAAGCACUGCAUCCCCAGCGGCGCCAUGCCCAAGGACGUUGCGUACCACAUGAUCAAGGACCACCUCAGCCUGGACAACAACCCCAAGCUCAACUUGGCUUCCUUUGUCACGACUUACAUGGUGCGUUUUCUGCUCAACCUACAUAUAUCCAACGUUGAUCCAGGCCUAACAUUUGAUGCCCAAAUCCAGGAAGACGAAGCCGAAAAGCUCAUGACCGAGGCCUUUUCCAAAAACUUCAUCGACUACGAGGAAUACCCCCAGUCCGCCGACAUCCAGAACCGCUGCGUCAACAUGAUCGGCGAGCUCUUCCACGCCCCCGCCGGCGGCGACAGCAUCGGCACCUCGUGCAUCGGCUCCUCCGAGGCCAUCAUGCUCGGCGUCCUCGCCAUGAAGCGCCGCUGGAAGCUGCGCCGCCAGGCCGAGGGCAAGCCCGCCGACAGGCCCAACAUCAUCAUGUCCUCCGCCGUCCAGGUCUGCUGGGAAAAGGCCGCGCGCUACUUCGAGGUCGAGGAGAAGUACGUGUACUGCACGGCGGACCGGUACACGAUUGAUCCCCAGGAGGCUGUGGACUUGGUCGACGAGAACACGAUUGGCAUUGCCACCAUCUUGGGGACGACUUACACGGGACACUACGAGGAUGUAAAGGGGAUCAACGACCUGCUGGUGGAGAAGAACCUGGAUGUGCCGAUUCACGUAGAUGCUGCCAGCGGCGGCUUUGUUGCGCCGUUUGUGCUGCCGGACCUGGAGUGGGAUUUCAGACUGCCCAAGGUUGUUUCCAUCAACGUCUCGGGCCACAAGUACGGCCUCGUCUACCCCGGUGUCGGCUGGGUCGUCUGGCGCUCACACGAGUACCUCCCCCAAGACCUCAUCUUCAACAUCAACUACCUCGGCGCCGAGCAAUCCUCCUUCACCCUCAACUUCUCCAAGGGCGCCUCCCAGGUCAUCGGCCAGUACUACCAGUUCAUCCGCCUCGGCAAGAAGGGCUACGAGUCCAUCAUGAGCAACCUCACCCGCACCGCCGACUACCUGACCGACGUCCUCGAGCGCGACGGCUUCGUCAUCAUGUCGGAGCGCGCCGGCCAGGGGCUCCCCCUCGUGGCCUUUCGCUUCAAGACCCCCGCCGAGGGCGGCAAGGAGCGCCACUACGACGAGUUCGCCCUCGCCCACCACCUGCGGUCCAGGGGCUGGGUGGUUCCCGCGUACACCAUGGCGCCGCACACGGAGCAGAUGAAGAUGCUGCGCGUGGUGGUGCGCGAGGACUUUUCCAAGAGCCGCUGCGACUUGCUGAUUCACGACAUCAAGCUGUGCCUGGGCAUGCUGGAGAACUCGGAUGCCGAGACCAUCAAGCGACAGGAGGCAUUCAUCAGGGACCACAUUGCGUCGCAUGGCAAGAACAAGCAUCAGAGCAGACAUCAUGCUUCGAAGCACUACUCGGGCGAGGGACACUCUUUGCAGGGAAAGACGGGGAAGACGCACGCCAUCUGCUAA